AUGCGAGCGUGGGCCAUCGCCCUUGUGAACGCAUUGGCGUUUGGCCAGGAAGCAACUGCACUUCCAAGCCAUCGCAAUACGAUCACAGAAUCUCAGGUAGGCCUAGCAGGGACCUUCUACCACCUUGGAAAUGUUACAUAUUUUGCCAACUCCAAGCGCCCGUACAGAGUGUUGAGCGUGUCUGCACAGCUCGCAACGGAUGGCCUACUUCCUUUGACAACAAUCGUUGUCAACCAGAGCCAAGUCACUGGAGACUUCCUCAACGCCACCAUCUCCGACUAUCUCGCCCAUGACGACGUCUUUUCCGUGGAUUUCCUGGCCAACAUCUACUUGUCUGCGUCGUCUGGCGCUGUAAUAGACCCAACAGCGGUGGAAUACCUCGAGACCCUCGAUGUAAACAGGAUUUUCGUUGACACGACUGUCUUCCAGUCUGUCCCUGCGUCUUUCAUUCACGUCCAUUAUGAAGCUGCGACUACCGUUGCGUCUGGUCCCUACACAGCCGUGAUAUCAGACACCACCUUGACGCUCCUUACCACCUAUCGACUUUACGCCGAUGAAUACCGGGAUUUCAUCACUGGGAUCUACCCGUCUAACGAGGGCACUGACUCCUUCAUACCCCUGCAAUUCACGUCCUCGAGCAUGCAGGCACCCAUGAUCCCCGUCCCAAGCCGCAUCCACUCCUGGAACGACACACGCCCCUUGGCAGGUGUUCGAGUCGCAGUCAAAGAUCUGUUCGACAUCCACGGCCUACAGACCUCGGCUGGAAGCCACGCGUGGACUCUCGUCACGCCAAUCGCCAACUCUACAGCGCCGGCUAUCCAACGGCUUGUCGACCUCGGGGCCGUCCUCGUCGGCAAGUUCAAAUUGGCGCAGUUCGCAUCCGCUUCCGACCCGUGGGAAUGGAUCGACGAGCAAUACCCUUUCAAUCCCCGCGGUGAUGGAUACUUGACAUGUUCGGCAUCGUCCUCCGGCGGGGGAUGUGCCGUCGCCGCAUACGACUGGCUGGAUGCGGCCAUUGGCACCGACACAGGCUCAUCGAUGCGUCGUCCGGCUGCUGUCUCGGGCACUUUUGGCAAUCGCCCCAGUCAGGGGAUGAUCUCCUUAGAAGGGGCAGUUUCAUUGAACUGGGCCCAAGACACAGCUGGUGUGUUUUCCCGGGACCCAGUGGCAUGGUCGCGGUUCGCAAAGGCCUGGUAUACUCCUGAACUCCAUCAGAAUGUGGCGGUUACAGGAUUAUCCCCGCUCAACGUCCCAGACACGAUGAAGUUUCCAACGCGGAUCCUCUAUCCAGAUGACUACUUUCCUAUGCAGAACCCCGCAGCGCAAGGAAUAGCCGAUGCAUUCAUUGCCAAGAUGUCAACGCUGUUCGGAAUGACGGUUCAGCGUUUCAACUUCACUGCUACCGUGAGCAAUGCCACUAUCUACCCCAACAUCGAGCCGUGGGAUGGUCUGUUCUACGCAUCCAGUAUGACGACCACCUGGUCGCAGUAUGUUGAUGUUUCUGGCCCCCUCAUGUCGAAGUACAAAACCCGCUACGGAGGCCGCUUUCCCCCGGUCGAAUCUGUCUGGCGGACCACGUGGAGCCAGCUGAACCUGAGCGCCCUCACGCAGAGUGCGUAUGAUCAGGCGUUGAAAGAUAAGGCGCGGGCGGUCGAGUGGUUCGAGAGUACAGUUCUCUAUGAAACUCCCGAGUCCUGUUCCGAGUCGUUGAUGUUGUGCGAUAUUGGGACCGGUGGACUGCCGAGCUUUCGGGAGAAAGGUCUCAAUGAUGGGCCGAAUGCUACCUAUCUGAACGUCGUUCCGGACGGAUUAGUUGUUUCUUGUGCCACGAUAUGUCCGCUUUUCGGAUGUGUCGAUCUGACGAUACCAAUCGGGCAGGUUGUGUAUCACUCGCCGGUAACAAUGGUCACUGAGCAGUGGCCUGUGAGUAUCAAUUUGAUUGCUCGUCGGGGAUGUGACUUAAUGCUGUUCAAUAUGGUGGAAAGGAUGGCGGAGGAGGGUAUUAUCGGGACGGUGAAGACCGGGAGGACGGCUUUUUAG